CCGGCCGCCAGUUCGGUGCGUUCCGUCGCGCACAGUAAUCGUGUUUAUUUCUUACGUCGUUUCUAUUUUGUGUUUAACGUGCGCCGCAUUUAGAACUAAUCUGUGAAUACAAUACACAACCAGGUACAAAAACUAGGCAGUGUACAACAACAGUGAACUUGUAGACUUGUGCAUUUAGUGAUCAAGUACUUGUAUGUAUGAAAAAUAUAUCGUAUCUUUCUAAGCAUCACCGAGCGACCCUUGUUGCUUGUGGCUCUUAUGAUAUAAUUUGAAAGAAGAAAUAUUCAGAACGGUAAAGGGGACGCGUAAAAUGAGACCAGACCAAGUUCAUCAGUGAAGUGACAGUGUUGUGCGCAACGGUUAUAAAUAACGCGUUAAUAGUGAUUAGCUGUUGAUCAGCCAUAUAUAAUGUGAGACGGUUCUUGUAGUGAAGUGUGUAAAAAUGCCAUCGGACAGUGGUUCAACGUGGUCACCGCCGGCGUCUAACAGCGAGAGGAGAUUGAGCAACUCUUCAGAUGGCAGCGCCGGCAGCGGUUACUCUAAAGCUACAACAGACAGCGCGGACUUCCUGGCGACUCGUCCGCACACAGCGGCGGUUAUACCCGGCAAGCCGGCCGCGAACCCGCUCCAGUUCAUCCGGGUAGGACCGGCCGACCUCGGCAGCCGGGCGCGCGAGCAACUCCGCCGAGCCGAGCUCGCGAAGCGAACAGAACCCGCCCGCUUCGAGCGGCAAGAAGACUGGCAGUCGAACCUGGACAAUUGGAAGUCAUCGCGGCGGAAGCGUGUCGAGCACAUAAUAGAACGGUGCGUCGAGGUGCGGCGUAUGGAGAACGAGCCCAGCCAGCCCCGCGCCAAGUCCAAGACGUUCAACGAGAUGCUGGAGGAGCGAGCUGGCCGCAGACGGCGGAAUCUAGCAGUGUUUGCUGACGAUGACGCACAUGAUCUGAGCGACCUCGGUAUAGGCACCUCCAGCACAAAGAGCAGCUUGAGUGAGGACUGCGACACACAUAGCUUGGCGAGCGAUGGUAUCGACCUGGAUAAACAUCAUUCAGAUGUCGACAACCUUUCCAACUGCGACACCAACCGCAAAUUGUGCUCGAGUGCUAACGAAUACGACACGUGUACGACCACGACGAUAAGCUCUCCAGAACCCGAAGAAUACACAUACGAGGGUGCUAUAGAGGGUUAUAAGUCGAGAAUCAUUUCACAAACUAACAGCAACAUUGUCAAGACAGUCGUCAAUAACAAUUUAAAAGAAAAAUCACCGGAAAAAAUAAAUAGUGAUCUAAACAGAAUCAGGACAUCAGUCAGCAACAAAAUUGAAGAGAAAGUCUCAUCUUUCCAACAGGAAAGGGUAAACGACACCAAAAAUAACAAUCAGAAAAGAGAUUUACCAAAAGUUGAUAUAAACAAACGAAGAGAACAAUUCGAGAGAGAAAAUUCACAGGAGUCACAAAUCAAUAAACCAAAAUUACCUGAUAUUACAAACAAAAAGUCAAUUAAAGAAAGACUGUCUAGUUUAGAAAAGUUCACAGAAGACAUUCAGAUUCCAAAAUCUACUAGUGACUUAACUAAACUACCUGUCGAAGUGAAACCGUUGAAAGAACGUUUAUCCUCUCUUGAAAAAGUAAAAACUGCAUCGAUAGAGCCUGAAAAACUCAAAAGAUUAUCUAAUGGUGAUCUUACUAAUACAAAGUCAUUGAAAGAACGCUUAUCAAAUUUUAAAUCUCAAAAUUCGGAAGAGGAAAAGAUAUCAAAAACAGAGGUUAAACAAGUAUCAAUGAGUUUAAAAGAACGAUUAUCUUGUCUUGAUGCUGCCAAAAACAAGGAAAUACCUAAAAUAUCUGUUGACGAAGAACUUACCAAUCAUGAUACACAAGAGCUUAUCUCAAAGGAUAAGUUAUCAGACAAUUCUUUGAAAUCUAGCCUAUCAGGAAUAGAAAGCCAAAUGCAAAGCUUCUGUCGGUCCCUAGACAGCUUGGAUAUCAAUGGUCAAUCUUCACCAAAUUCUUUUGAAAGAGUUCAAAGUUUAGAAGACUUUGAUUGUACGGAAAUGCAAAAUAAUACUAUUCCUAGUGAUAUUGAAACUGAAGAUAGUGGUAUACAUACAGCCAGAGAUUCCUGUGCUCCAGCUGAUGAUAUUGCUGAUUUAACUCAAGUAGCAUCGCCAAUUGAGGAGCCUAUGAUAGAAGCAUCUGAAUACGAAUCUUCAAAUGAAGAUAGUGCUCCAGUUUUAGAGCCUCAUAAAAUAGAAGAGCUUAAGGCAAUUCCUCAACAAAUUCAAACAAUCAUAGAAGAUAUAAUAGUUGAGGAAAUUGAAGAGCAAGACAGUAAAGUUGAAGAUACCGAUAGUGGGAGUAAUUAUAUACAAGCUGUUUCUCAACCAGAAGAGCUUAGUGUCACUGAAGAAGUAACAGAAAUACAAAUGGACAAAGAAGAUGAAGAUACACUCAAAAGUCUGGACAAUCAAGAUACUAGUGUAAGUUUGAAUGAGCCUGUGUCUACUGCUUCGGAAGGAGACACAGUGGUAUUUGAGGGAAAAAUGACUAUACACUUAAACUUGAAUGAAAUUUGCAACAAAAUGUAUGCUGGUGCUGGGAACAAUUCUAACAAUAACGAAAUUAGUACUACUAAUAUUUCUACUAACAGCAAGAGCAUGCCAAUGGUUAUUGACGCGUUAGAAUUGGCUUUUAAAGAAUUGGACUCAGAAGAUAGUUUUGAUAACAAUAGCAAUAUGGAAACUGAAAAUGGAAAUAGCACUUCUGAAAAAGUAUCAAACAAAAUUGAACCGUUCGAUUUUGAUAGCGACAAGAAAAUAUCUGUCGCACCACUUUAUGAAAAUAUAGAUAUAUUCUACCAAAACAGUGUUGAUGAUGGAGCGUUCCCAUUGGAUCUGGCUACUAAUGCUAUGGAACCACCGAAAGAGAAACCGCCGCCCCCACCCACCGAAGACAACACUGAAGACGAACUACUUGGUAAUGGCAACUUCAAACAUACAAGUUCAGCGCGCCGCAUCAAAAAGGAAAUUAGAAAUAAACGAACCAGCUUUCUUGGUAUCGAAGGUCAAGAUGACAGUUAUUUAGAUGUCGAUCUAACAUUAGCACCACGACCAGACAUAACGUCUUUCCUGCAAGAAGAGACAAAAAUAGAAAAACUCCUUUACAAGAAAACGCUCUCACAUGAUAUGGACGAAAAGUUGAGGGAAAGUAGAGACUCUGGUGUGGACAUCGAUAGAGGACCUUCGGCUGAAGCGUGGUAUAAAGGGCAGUCUUCACCCGAAACUUCAAACCCUCAUAGCAGACAAAAUAGUGAGCCCUACACACACGUGACGGUAACAUCGGAUGAAGAGGAACAAGUUAAGAAGCAAGAACAAAAUUUCACGUCUAACUUAAAUUCUAAACUAACUGAACUAACCGAAACACAAGAGACCGACGUUAGCAAAAUAGAUAAAUUGGACAAAAAACUACAACAGCAACAGGCGUGUCGCACUAACGCAGAUUGGCCAGAUGGGAACACUGAUGAUUCUCAUACAAAGGAAGUGCUACGUUUCGAAAGAGAACUGCUGCAACUCGAACAAGAAGAGCUUAGGCGGCAAAGGGAAAAUCUACUCCGAGAUCAGAAUAGAAUCAUCCAAAAAUCUGUCCAAGAUAUAUCCACAGUUCCGAAUGCACCGGAAAAGCCGCCGUUACACAGCCGUCCAAAAACUGGUAAUCAAAAUUAUAGACACUCGAUGCCAAAUUUAUUGAUCAAAGAGAAUUAUACGCCGGUUGCACCAACGAUCCCUGAAAGACCAGUAUUCGACGAGAAUAUGAAACGAAAACCGUUCGUGUCUGAAGAACAUAUUCAAAGACAUUUCGGGGUCGAGGAGAGUAGAAAAGUUUUGUAUGAAGAUAGAAAAGUCAAUGAUGCGGUGCGAAGGCCGGUGCCCUCGGUGAGACCGACGCAGCCUGUGUUACCUCCAAAGCCCAAGAGUCGGGAGUCAAUUGAGAGGGAAAUUACUAUGAGAAGUAGCCGUGUUCCGUCAGCGGUGGAGUACGCCAACGUGGAACGAACCGCCGUACAGCUGAGGCCCAAACCGGUUGCCAAUGGCAACACUCCAUACCAGUCCAUGACCAGGCAUACGUUGCAGGCGUUAAGUGCGGCUCCUACACCUAAACUGAUCUCAAACACAGAGUGGAUGCAGAGCCGACAGCAACCGCAGCGGAAACCUGCCAAUUAUAACUACAACCAACAUUGGCUAAUACAGGAGGCGGAGCAGCGCAGGAUAGAGGAGCAAAGAAAUAAACAGCGCGCAGCGCAGCGGCACUCGUAUCACCAAGAUAUGGCGCCGGCGCCCCUGCACCACAUGAUGCACUUGAGUUCCAGCCAACAACACUUGCCUGUGGAGAUGAAGCGACCGAUGCGGCCGCAGCCGCGGCCAGAACCUCGACCAGAACCCACCGCCAGGGAGGACAAGCUGCUCAGCGUCAGCGGGAAGAAGAAGUGUUCACACUGCGGCGAGGAGUUAGGUCGCGGCGCAGCCAUGAUCAUCGAGUCUCUAUCUCUGUGCUACCACGUGUGGUGCUUCAAUUGUGCGGUGUGCGGCACCCGGUUAGGCGAUGGCCGUGCCGGCGCUGACGUCCGCGUGCGCGCGCGCCGCCUGCAUUGCCACCAAUGCUAUUCCAGCGAUGACGGCCGGAACUACUCCUGCGUCUAGUACCAUAAACAACUUGAACGAAGUCAUAGACAAUGCUUGCGUAGUAGACGACUACCUGCCUCCAGUGCUACUCCAGCGACGAUGGACGCAACUACUUCUUUUAAUAAUGUGAACAACCAUAGACACAGCUCGCGCGGAAGACAACAAGUUGACGAAACCAUAGACAGUGCAUGCACAGUAGAUAACAACUUGAACGAAACUAUGAUCAAUGCAUGCGCAGUAAAUGCUCUUGUACGUAAAAUUCACAGGUUACGGGACAUUAAAAACAUGUUCAAGUUUAUACAUGGUAACUAUACUCUAGUAUCUAGACAUUCCAUUGAAAUUUCGCUUUUUUUGUUGUUAGCGAGAACUGUGACUAGAAUCAUAAAUUGGAAACGUCUUAAUAUCUUAUAUAAUAAACACCCGACUCCAAAAUGUUAUUAAAAAAAAGUAAAGAAGAGUUAUUCUUUGUGUUGUUGCAUUAUUUACAAAUCAUGAAAACUUUUAAAUAGAAGAAAAAGUAGUAACGUCGUGCGCUAUUGGUUUACAUUGGUGGAGUACCUAUAAGUGGUGAUAGAUGAGGAGUCAUGCCAUUCUGCCCAUCGUAAUGAAUUGACCAUAAACUAGCUGCGAUACUUUCCACUAUGACAGCGUAUGGAGCUAACAAGAUUACUGUUAGCAAUAAGUCCGUCUUAGGAGCUAAUCCUCGUCACUGAAUAUCACCUACAAAAAUUAUCGGCUGUUUUGGGAUGGUGGUAUGGUAUACAUAUAAACUGUUACUGAUUGCAAUUACUAUGUGUUUCGUGUUAUAUUGAUUUUAAACAGAGUAUGUAACGACAAUAUUAUCAUAAGUGUUAUAUUUUCUCCUUUAAAGCGUUAUAAGAAUGUAUUAAUACGUGGUCACGACUGUGCCUUUUUCAUCUAAAAUUAUACUUGUAAAAUAUAUUUGUAUAUUUUAUCGAAAUCUAAGAUAUACCUAUAUCUAUGUCAUAUUAGUAAACCAUGUUCAAGGUGAACUAAUUUAUUGCUGGCAGAGUUUAAUGUUAGAUAAAUGAUAAAAAUAAUCUAUUGUAAUUUGAAUUUGUUUGUCAUUUUUAUUAUCCAUUUGUGAUCCGAUAGAAUUUCUGUCUUGUCCUGGCCAAAAAUCUAAACUAAAAAUUUAGAAUAGAUUUUAACGUUUUCUGACUUAGAGUCCUCUGCAUUCGAUCCUCUGGUGAAAUGUAGUCCAGAGUCCUUAAUGGAGUUAAAUACAGAUUUAUUUUACAACAGCCUUAAUGUUUACACUUGAUAAUUUGUCUUAAAGUCAACUGCGCCUCUAGCGGGUAGUUCCGAAAACUCAGAUUUCCAUACAAAAUUAUCGACGUAAAUGUGAAUGCGAUCGUAAUAUAAAUCUUUGUAGAAUAAUUAACCAAUCUAUCUAUGUGUAAUUUUGUUCACUUUGUAAUUAAAUAUUCAAGGUUGAAGAAGUUAAAUAAAUAUACAUACCUACUUUUAAUUUUAUGGGAAUGUAAAAUAUUGUAGUAUUGUAAACACCAUUUUCUUAAUGCGAGCUCCUAGUGACAUUAUCGUGAUAGUGUUCUACCACGGUGUCUGUCAAUAUGUGAGUACGCAAUCACCAAAACGUCUCGGCGACUCAGCAGGUUCCUGAGUCCGCUAUUGCACGCUUUUGUUUCUUGUGAUUAAAAAAAAAAUAAUCAAAAAUGUUUCCUCGUUCUCGAAUUCAAAAUUCGAAUAGCACUGUUCAAUUGUUUUUCUUCUAAGUUUUUAUUAUUACUUUAUCUAAAAAGUUUUGUAUCAAAUCCGAUUUGAGUCAAUUAUUUUAACUACAUUUCAAACGAACGGUUGUCCUGUUUUAACACAGUAUUACAUAUACAGUUUCUAACUAUUGUUUUGUGCCAUGUCAUAACAUUCUCGUUUAUUUUAAUAAUUAAACAGCAAGUACAUACUUAAUGCAAAUAUCAGCGAACAUACAUAAUCCAACAUAUACGAUCGUUCUAUCCUUCAAUGGAAUAAAAUGUGUAAUUUUCGAAUAUUAUUUUAAAAGUGUAAUAUUUUGUAAAUAAGUUUUUAAUUUAUGUCUUAGUGUGUGUUAAUGGUUAGCUUUAAUAGUUAGUACUAUAGUUUAAAUGAAACAUUUAAUCCAAAAAUGUGUAUGAGUAAUAAUUACUAUGUAAAUGUUUAUUGUGAAGUUAUUUUUUUUUAUUUUUACAUCACGCCCUAACAUGAAGCUCGUGAGAUCAUUUACGCAAAGUACCUAACCUAUGUUACACGUUCAUAUAGCAGUUAUUAUGUGAUUGUACGGUCAGCGAUUUCUUGUAAUUAUAUUAUGUAAUGAACGCUGUACAUUAUAUAUAUUAUGUUGUUAAUGCAACAAUUUGUAUAACAAUAAAUAUUUUCAAAUUUUAA